CAUAAUCAGCCUUUAAUCGAAUCUACUCUUUCAGUAGAUGAGCUUUUUGAAGGUUAGCUACGACUACUCUUUGAAGCGCUAAAGGACUAGUAAAUAUGACUUCCGCUGCCAUUCGGGAGACGUUCGGCGUUCGGUCACGUAACUCUAACUUUUCGGAGUUAUGUGCGUUUUUCACUUUAACGGUAACGGAAAACAACGUUACGAAACCUGCAUGCAUGCCUUCUCAUUCCAAGAACAGACCCGUGUCCUGUAAUGUGCUGAAAAUGGAUACGAUGGAUAUACUCAGCGUACUCAAAAAGUAUGGCGUCGGACGGCGGAAACUGGCUGACGAAUUAUUCAGUAGCGAUCAACCGCCACCCAGACUUGGCAUUUAUGAUGAGGAUGAAGAAAAUCCAUGUCACACAGUUACUUUAACACAAUGCACAGUUCCGGGAUGCAAUUUCACCGCGGAUACCAUACUGCACUUCGAGAAUCACUACAACUCUACGCAUAGAUAUUCGUGUGCCAAGUGCAAGAAAGUGUUACCUUCACCACAUCUUCUAGACCUUCAUAUACAGGAGCAACACGAUUCCUUCUUCGCUGUUAUGGCAGUUAAGAAACCUUCUUAUUGCUGUUACAUAGAAGAAUGUAAAGAGAAGUUUAUGAACGCAGAGGACAGAUUGAACCACUGUGUUAAGAUACACAAAUUACCUAAAGACUUCAGAUUUGAUUACAAGCCAAAGCAAAAGACGAAGAAAAAAAAAUCGCAGCCGAAAAUGGAGACUGAUCAAACUGGCACUAUUCAUAAGGAACAGAAAUUCAAUUUUACUAACAGUAGACAAAAGGGAUUUAGUUAUAGUGGAAAGAAAUUUACUAAAGAACAAGAAUCAUCGGCCUCUGUUGAUAUGGAUGCUAUAAUGACAGAUCUGAAGGACAAUUUACCGCAUUGUUAAUUUGUUUAUUUUCUAUUGUCCCCUGAUGUUAUUUUGUAAAAUCAAA